AUGGCGCCGCACGCCGAGGAAGCCGCUGCGGGCUUUGCGUACGGGAACGGACAGGCAACCGGCAAUGGAGUUCGCCAUGGCACCGACAAGCAACCUCUUUUCAUGGUGAACUCCUCCAAUGUCAAGUACACGGACAGUGAGAUCUUGUCCAAGUACACUUAUCGCACCACCAGCGUGGCAACCGCCGACGAUGGAAGCUACACGGCCACCCCGCAGGAGACCGUGUACAACUUUCAUGUUGAUCGCAAGGUUCCCAAGGUCGGUAUGAUGCUCGUUGGUUGGGGUGGGAACAAUGGUACCACUGUCACUGCGGGAAUCAUCGCCAACCGCCGUGGCCUCGUGUGGGACACUCGUGAGGGCCCACGUGCUGCAAACUACUAUGGGUCCGUCAUCAUGGGCUCAACCAUGAAGCUGGGAACUGAUGCUAAGACAAACGCGGAUGUGAACAUCCCGUUCCAUGAUGUGCUGCCCAUGGUGCAUCCGAAUGACCUGGUCAUCGGUGGCUGGGACAUCAGCGGAAUGGACCUUGCUCAAGCCAUGGACCGUGCCGCUGUUCUGGAGCCUACGCUCAAGGCGAUGGUGAAGAAGGAGAUGGCUGAGAUGCGGCCCUUGCCGAGCAUCUACUACCCUGACUUCAUUGCCGCGAAUCAGGAGGAUAGGGCUGACAACGUCGUCCCUGGCACGAAGGCUUCCACGGCGCAUGUUGAGCAGAUUCGCAAGGACAUCCGUGACUUCAAGGCUCAGCAUGGCCUCGACAAGGUCGUUGUCCAGUGGACAGCCAACACGGAACGCUAUGCUGACAUUGUCCCGGGCGUGAAUGACACUGCCGACAAUCUGCUCAAGUCCAUUGAGCAGGGCCAUGAAGAGAUCGCACCGUCCACGGUCUUCGCCGUGGCGUGUAUCCUUGAGAAUGCCCCCUUCAUCAACGGCAGCCCGCAAAACACCUUUGUCCCUGGCGCCGUCGCCCUUGCCGAGCGCCACGGCGCCUUCAUCGGAGGUGAUGACUUCAAGUCGGGCCAGACCAAGAUGAAGUCCGCACUGGUCGACUUCCUGAUCAACGCGGGCAUCAAGCUGACGUCCAUCGCGAGCUACAACCACCUGGGCAACAACGAUGGCAAGAACCUCAGCUCGCACAAGCAGUUCCGCAGCAAGGAGAUCUCCAAGUCCAACGUCGUCGACGACAUGGUCGAGGCGAACACGGUGCUGUACAAGAAGGGUGAGCACCCUGACCACACCGUGGUGAUCAAGUACAUGCCCGCUGUCGGGGACAACAAGCGCGCCCUGGACGAGUACUAUGCCGAGAUCUUCAUGGGCGGCCACCAGACGAUUUCCAUCUUCAACGUCUGCGAGGACUCCCUGCUGGCCUCGCCCCUCAUCAUCGACCUCGUGCUCGUCACGGAGAUGAUGACGCGCAUCCAGUGGAAGACCGAGGGCGAUGACGGCUACAAGAGCUUCCACAGCGUCCUGAGCGUCCUCAGCUACAUGCUGAAGGCGCCGCUCACGCCGCCCGGCGCCCCCGUCGUCAACUCCCUGGCCAAGCAGCGCGCUGCCCUGACCAACAUCUUCCGCGCGUGCGUCGGCCUCGAGCCCGAGUCCGACAUGACCUUGGAGCACAAGCUGUACUGA